AUGGUACACAUCGGAGUAGUCGAUCCCGCAAAGGGCAAAAAGGAGGCCGCGGGGAUUGCCCAGGCAGAGGCCCCCGAGUUCGAGAAGGUCCAAUGGUGGUCCAACCCGGGCCUGCGAAAGCUGUACUUCUAUUGUGCUGUUCUUUGCAUUGCGUCCGCAACCACAGGUUAUGAUGGUAUGAUGUUGAAUACCUCGCAAAACCUCGACCAAUGGCAAGAAUACUUCAACCACCCCACAGGCAGCACCUUGGGCCUGAUGAAUGCCAUUUACCAAAUUGGCUCCCUGUGCAGUUUCCCCCUGGUGCCUUACAUGGCAGAUUGGUGGGGACGUAAGAUCCCCAUUGUUGUGGGCGGUCUCCUCAUGAUUCUCGGUGCUCUCCUUGGCACAUUCUGCAAUGGCUACGGAAUGUAUGUCGCUGGUCGGUUCGUCCUCGGUUUCGGCAACUCUUUGUCCCAGCUGUCUUCUCCCGUCCUCCUUACCGAGAUCGCCCAUCCCCAGCACAGAGGCCGUGUCACCACUCUUUACAAUUGCCUGUGGAACUUGGGUGCACUUUUCGUUGCCUGGAUUGCCUGGGCUACCGCAGCUAUCAACGGUGAAUGGUCAUGGAGAUCUUUGACGCUUUUCCAAGCCAUUCCUGCGUUCGUCCAGAUCAGCUUCAUCUACUGGGUCCCAGAAUCCCCCAGAUGGCACAUCUCGAAGGAUCGUCCCGAGGAGGCGUUGCAAACUCUCGCCAAGUACCAUGCUAAUGGCGACAUCCACAACGCUACCGUCCAAUUUGAGUACAAGGAGAUCAAGGAGACUCUGAGACUUGAGUUCGAGUACAGAAAGACUAGCAACUACGUCGAUUUCCUCAAGACCAAGGGUAACCGAUACCGUCUCUCCCUCCUUAUCUCCCUCGGUAUCAUUUCGCAAUACUCUGGCAGUGCUAUUUUCUCCAAUUACAUGAAUCUUAUCUACAACAGCAUGGGUAUCACCGAACAGAACAAAAAGAUCCCUCUCAACGGUGGCCAGACUUUGCUCUCCCUGAUCGUUUCCGUUACUGCUUCCACGCUCGUUGACAAGGUCGGACGACGACCUCUCUUCCUGACUGCGACCACCGGCAUGGUUCUGAUGUUCUUGGCCUGGACUAUUACCGCCUCCCAAUUCGAGAAGCAGAACCCUGACCCAGAGCACCCCGUCAGCAUGGCCGCCGGUUACCCACAGAUCGUCUUCGUCUGGCUUUUCAGCGUAUUCUAUGCUAUUGCAUGGUCUGGUCUCCUUGUCGCCUACUCCCUCGAGAUUCUCCCAUACAAGCUCCGUGCCAAGGGUCUCAUGAUCAUGAACUUGACUGUUCAAGCCACUUUGGUCCUCGGAAACUACACCAACCCAAUUGCCUGGGACAACCUUCCCCAUCACUACGACCUGUCUCUCAUGUACACCGUCUUCAUCUUUAUCGAGCUCCUCUUCGUUUACUUCUUCUACGUUGAGACCCGCGGUCCCACUCUCGAGGAACUCGCCAAGAUCUUCGACGGCGACGAUGCGGCAGUUGGCGAGGUCAACAUGCACGAGGUUGAGAAGGAGCUCCACGGUGAUGAUGGUGCUGGUAGCGACGAGAAGCGAGUCGUCCAGACCAGCGAGAAAGCCGCAUAG